CAUUUUGCAAUCAUACAGCAUUUCUUGGCCGCUUUCUUUUUGCUUUUUGUUCUUCUUCUUAUUUCUUUGUAGGCGGGUCUGCUUGCGUUUGGUUUUUUUAUAGAAUACAUACAUUUGCAUAGGAACUUGUAGAUAGCCUUCUAUUUGGAUUUUGUGUAGAAUAGAGUAGAGCGAGCAGAAAAUGAAGGGAGUCGUUGCCGUCGCGGCAUUGGCAGUGGUCGCCGGCAUUGGAGCUCAGUCUGCUCCCGCUUCGUCGGUUCUAUUGGGGAGACAACUGUCAUCAAACCCACUGUCAAACAUUCAGUCUUCAUCCGUCUCACUCCCGGGCCUGAACGUAGUCACGGCCAUUCAGGACCCUCCAGCAACUGGAAAUGUGCCUCCCGCUGAAACAAGGGAUCCUUCGACUAGUGCGCCGUCGUCGUCUCCCCCAGAGACAACGCCCACAAACCCAGGAGAUCCCACCACCAAGUCACCCACUCCAGCUCCUUCUUCUCCUCCGCCUCCUCCUCCACCACCACCAGCAUCAGAACUUCCUACGAGCACUAGAGUCGUCCAACCCACGCCCAAACCAGAUGAGGGUAACAACCCAGGACAAGGCAACCAAGGGGAUGGAAAGGGAGAAAACGGAAAUGCUCCACCACCGCAACCGGCGCCAGAGCAAGGAAAGCCAGAGGAGGGCAAGGACAAGGGCAACGGCAACGCUCCAGAACAACCGCUGGUACCUGCUCCCGACAAGGGGAAUGAGGCCAACAAGGAUCGAAUUGGUGCACAAGAAGACAAAAAGCCAAAUGACGUUCCAUUUUCCUCCGUGGGUGUCCUCCCAGUCGCUGCAACUGCGGUCCCAACAGCUCCCGCUGGACGCUUCCCUGGUCCUAUUUCAAAUGCCGUUGCACCCACGCAAGCACCCUCCAACGGCGACCCAAAUGCAUUCGGUCAACCGCCUUCUGCCCCGCCUCCCGGAAAGAUCUUGUCCACCUCGGCCAUGGCGGGUCUCAUUUCAGUCGUCGGCAUUGCCUGUCUUGCUGGUGUCGUGGCCGCUGGGCUCUUGGUUCAACGGCGCCGACGAAUUGACGAUGCUCAUCGAAGCCUGCCCACCACCUCAGGCCCCGGUCCGUUUUCUAGCCAAAACCAGCAACGGGAAAGCGUUCAAAGCAGUUCAUCCGUUACGAGAAUCUUGGCCAGAGCGUUCCCUGACAUGUUUGCUAACGCUGUCAAGGCUGGUGUGACCCCAAAGCCCAACGUUCCCAUGGUGCCUCCUCCUGUCAUGGACGCAACGCCUCAACGAAAGCUGGAGAGGGAUAUUUCCCUUCCACCUCUUCACAUUGAACAAGAAGAGGAAGAAGAGCGCCGUACGUCAACCAUUGAGCGGGCCGUCACUGCCGUUUUUGAUCGCAGCACAAAGAGUCCCGUCAUGAUGUUUAACGAGUCUGCGUUUUAUGGGCAUCUUCCCAACGCGCAGAUUGCGGCGCUAGCUGCAGAGAGCGGAGCAGCGUUCAUGGCGCGUGACUCGCUUGACAGCACGAUUCCUCCCAACCUCCCGCCCCCCGUGGCACCAGAGGCGUCGGACUCUGUCACGACGCCCGGGAGUCCCCUUGUCGCCAAUGCGACAGCACUGGAACCCAAAACUGCACCUAUUGGACAUUUGAAUCCCAACUAUGAGUACAACAACUCUCGGUACCGGUUUUCCGCCGACUCUGACUAUACGGACUAUACGACACUUGAUCGCUCCUCUGCGUACCGCGCCUCCCGCAUCAUCGAUGACACACACAGCGACACAACGACAGAGAGAAUGCCACGCGAUUCUGCCGCUUAUUCCGUACGAUCAAGUCGUCGGGCAAGUUGGUUUACCGAUACGUCUGGAUUUGACACGUACCGUCGUAGCUUCAUGUCUACCGACUCGCAAGCCGGAAUCAGAAGGAGUUUGCAAUUGCGACGCAGUAUGGAUGCAUCCACCCAAAAGGCGGCCCCGCCCCAAUCCUCCAUUCUCGCCGCGUUGAACCACAUGGGCGCCAACGUGGACAUUCCAGCCUCCUCAUACGACACACUCCCCACAUCUGUUUCGUCUUAUUACUACGAACAUGAUGCUCAUCUUGACAAUGAUGAUACAGAAACAGAGGACAAUGAGCCUACACUGACACGUCCCCCCAAAAACCCCAUCAGAAGCGAUACACUCCGAAGUGGCACGACGGGCGUGACGAGUGAGAGUUUUGCGACUGCUUUGGAGAGUCACAGAGGGUUGAGUGACGAUGAAGAGUGGGAUAGUAUGGAUAGAAACGUAAAGUUUUAAUUUGCAGUGACGGCUGGACCGUUCAUGAUUUUUUUUUUCUAGUUUUGAUGUGAGUUUGCAUUACUUUGAAUUUUUUGUAUGAUAUAGAAAACAGACUUAUAGAGAUGGGAUAGAUGGCCUCCUUGGUUUUCUUUUGUAAUGAAUGCAGUAUCUUGCUGUUGAAAAUAAACAAAUGACUUGAAGCUUAA